AUGCUCUCCGUGAUUAUACUGGUUGCGGUUCUCGUUUCCGUAACAAGAUCUUGUGUUCAUCGGGAUAUUAAUGUUCAACAUAUCGAUGCCAAUAUACAAAGGCGGUCAGCAUACCCACCUCACAAGACGUCCAAGAUCGGGAUUUCAAAUGUAAACAUAUUUCAAGGGACUCACUUUCGCCGAGGUGCUCUGGCCAUAGCAGGUGACCUUAUCACGUUCAACCUCAGAGGGGUCAAGACAUGGAUCGAUGGCAAAGAUGGCUUCCUAAUCCCCGGACUCAUCGAUAGCCACUGCCAUCCAGCUUCGACCAGCGACCUGCAACGCCUGAGUAGCUACGGCGUGACCACGGCCUUGAACAUGGCGUGCGCCAACUAUGCUCUUUGCGCGUCUCUGAAGGACCAACCAGGUCUAACCUCAUUCUUCACCGCGGACCAUGGGAUAACGGCACCAAACACGACACAUGCCAUCGUAUUCCAGACUCCACCGGAACUUCUCAUGACAGAUCCAUCACAAGCACCGGUUUUCGUCGAAAAUGCUUUCAGCAAUAACUCCGACUGGCUGAAGAUCACAGCGGAGCCAAACGGUCUUAGCCAGGAGUCACAAAAUCGGCUCGUGGAACUAGCCCACGCCAGAGGUCGGCAGACGAUGACACAUGCGACGAUGAUCCCUUUCUAUCUCCAGGCCAUUGCAUCGCAUACAGACGGAAUCCAGCAUACUCCAGGCGACGGGACAGUCACACCAGCCAUGGUCAGCGAUAUCCUGACCAACAACAAGUGGGUCACGCCGACCACCAUCCUUGUCCAGGCAUUUCUCAAGUAUCCAGAGGCGCUGGCCCUGUCGACUUAUGACAACAACUCCUGGCCGCUCGUGAUCCAGAACGUGAGGAGCAUGUACCAAGCGGGCGUCACUUUACUGGCUGGCACGGACGCUAUUCCAUCGGAUGGACCACUCCCAGUCUCGCAUCCGCUGGGCAGUACCUUGCAUGAAGAGUUGGACAUAUUUGUCAACCAGGUUGGAAUAAAACCACAUGAGGCCCUACGCGCGGCGACGCUCCUCCCGGCUCAGAUGCACAAGCUUUCUGAUCGCGGGAUCAUUGCAGAGGGAAAGCGUGCGGAUCUUGUUCUCUUGCGAUCGAACCCGCUGAAGAGUAUCUCGGCUACCAGGGAUAUCGCGAGGGUUUGGAAUGGUGGGAUUGAGUUCACUCCUGUCGCGGAAGGCUGA